UAAGCCCCGCCCCCGAUGCUCGAGAGCGCGCCUCCAUCCUUCCCCAUCCUCCCCCGACGGAGCGGCAGAAGCAGCGGGCGGGCGCGAGGCGGCUCCUCCGCGCGUGCGCGCAGCCCCAGCGCCAGCCCCGGCAGCAGCGGCGGCGGCGGCGGCGGCGGCAGCGGCUCCGGCCCGAGGCGGCGGCAGAGGCAGCGGCGGCCCCAGCACAGGCGCGGCGGCGGAGGGCUCGGACGCUGCCGAUGCUCGCGCCGCCGCCGGGCCGGGCCGCCUCCUGAGCACCCAGCCCGGGCCAUGGCGGAGCGCGGAGGAGCCGGCGGAGGCACCGCGGCCGGGGCCGGGGCUUGGGGCGGGCCGCGAGGCCCCGGGGCGCCCAGUCCCGCCGCCGACGCCGCCCCAGGCCCCUGCAACCCCGGCCCGGCCGCGGCCCCGGCUGCCUCGUCCGCGACCUCCGCGUCGGCGGCCGCCCAGCCCUCGUCCGUCUCGGCCUCCGGGCCCGGGGCCUCGGGCCCCGCCGCCCCCGGCCCCGGCCCCGCCGGCGCCCCCGGCCGGCCCCCCGCCGCCAGCCCCGCGCCCGCCCCGGUGCAGAUGAACCUGUACGCCACCUGGGAGGUGGACCGGAGCUCGGCCAGCUGCGUGCCCAGGCUGUUCAAUCUGACCCUGAAGAAGCUCGUCAUGCUGAAGGAGAUGGACAAAGACCUGAGCUCGGUGGUCAUCGCGGUGAAGCUGCAGGGCUCCAAAAGGAUCCUUCGGUCCAAUGAGAUCCUCCUUCCGGCCAGCGGCCUGGCAGAGACGGAGCUUCAGCUGACCUUCUCCCUCCAGUACCCUCACUUCCUGAAGCGCGACGCCAACAAGCUGCAGAUCAUGCUGCAGAGGAGAAAGCGCUACAAGAACCGCACGAUCCUUGGCUACAAGACGCUGGCCGUGGGGCUGAUCAACAUGGCGGAGGUCAUGCAGCACCCCAGCGAAGGCGCCCUCGUGCUCGGCCUGCACAGCAACGUGAAGGACGUCUCUGUCCCCGUGGCCGAGAUCAAGAUCUACUCUCUGUCGAGCCAGCCCAUCGACCAGGAGGGGAUCAAGUCCAAGUUGUCCGACCGUUCUCCCGACAUCGACAAUUACUCGGAGGAGGAGGAAGAGAGCUUCUCGUCGGAGCAGGAAGGGAGCGAUGACCCUUUGCACGGCCAGGACCUGUUCUAUGAGGACGAGGAUCUCCGUAAAGUGAAGAAGACGCGGAGAAAACUGACCUCGGCUUCGGCCAUCACGCGGCAACCCAACAUCAAGCAGAAGUUUGUGGCGCUGCUGAAGAGGUUCAAAGUCUCUGACGAGGUGGGCUUCGGGCUGGAGCACGUGUCCCGGGAGCAGAUCCGGGAAGUGGAAGAGGAUCUGGAUGAGCUUUAUGACAGCCUGGAGAUGUACAACCCCAGCGACAGCGGGCCCGAGAUGGAGGAGACUGAGAGCGUCCUGAGCACCCCCAAGCCCAAGCUCAAGCCCUUCUUUGAGGGGAUGUCCCAGUCCAGUUCCCAGACGGAGAUCGGCAGCCUCAACAGUAAAGGCAGCCUGGGCAAGGACGCCAGCAGCCCUAUGGAGCUGACUGCUCUGGACAGAGUCAAAGGCACUUCCUGGAUUAAGAACCCGGACGACAGCCUGGCCGAGAACGACCUUCUGGACAUCAGCGACCAGGACAUGUUUGGAGACGGCAGCAACACGCUGGUGGUGCCCGAGAAAGUCAAAACCCCCAUGAAGUCGGGCAAGGCAGAUCUGCAGGGCUCCGCCUCCCCCAGCAAAAUGGAUGGCGUGGAACCCCGGAGAAGAGGGCCCCCCUGGGAGGGGAGUCCAAGUUGA